UAGAGAGCGGCCAGAGAGGGCUAGCAGCACAAACCACGCAGAAAUCCAUCGCCGAGAGCCUGUGGUCAGAGUCAGCAGUCCUGACAGCUAGCCGUGGGAGCCAUCUUUAAGAUCUAGCAGAGAGUAUGGAGAGGACAUAAGGAGCCGGAGCGAGCAGUGACUCAGCUGGCCAUCGCAUCCGCCCGUCCACAGAUCAAGACGCCGACCCCCCCACCCCCGCUCCCACCCUCUGCCUCACCAUGACCAGGAAGGUGUUCACCAACACGCGGGAGCGCUGGCGGCAGCAGAACGUCAACAGUGCCUUCGCCGAGCUGCGCAAGCUCCUUCCCACCCACCCCCCGGAGAAGAAGCUGAGCAAGAACGAGAUCCUGCGCCUGGCCAUGCGCUACAUCGGCUUCCUGGUGCAGCUGCUGGAGCGCCAGGGGGGGCGGCCCACCCUCCUCAGCAUCCUGCACUCGGCCCAGGGGCUGGCCAGUGACACAGACCCCCCUUCUCCCGGCUCCAGCUGUGACAGCUCUGAGGCCUGGUAGCGCCCCCCCCCCUCCAUGCAGCCCUGCUAUCUCUGUACAUGUACAGUCUACCAGAACUGCUGCCAAACCAGUGCCAACGCAUCCCAUCUUCGUCCCACCUCCAUUCCAUCUCACCACGGCCCAAUUCUAGCCCCAGCCAGGCUGAGCUCUUGAGAAGAUGCGUAGGGGGUUUUCUGAACACGGUUAGAGGAUAUGCCGUUGGGAUAGGCCGCUGGUCUUCAACCAAGUUUUGAUACUUUUAACUGGGGUAUACCGAACCUUUAUGGCCAGCUUAGCACUUGCACAUAUCCAGGGAUUCUAGUCCUAAUUAUAUAUAAGGUCAGUCUGUUUUAGAUACGACAGAUCACACACAUCAGACAGCCUUGCACACCGGGGAUAUCCUGCAGGCAAACAAAAUCAGAAACCUGACACCAAAAGAGAGACUCCAUCAUUUGAUGCAUUCAGGCAAAUAUCUGAAACACAUGAAAUAAAUUCUCACCAAGGACUGCUGGGAGAUUUGAGGGAAACGAGGAAGAAUCCCUAACCAUCUCAUCAAGGGCAGCAGUGAGUUCACACAAAAGACAAAGGGAGCCCGGAUGCCUUGUUCUGUUUAAAUGUCAAUAGGAAAGAAAGACAGUGCUUAACAAAAGCCAGGAACUGCGAUGACUGGCUGGGGUAGAGCUCUGCUUUGGCUAUAAACAGUACUGCGGGGGCCCAUAAAGACAACCUCAUUUCAUCAACAAGGACCACAGGAAUAAUAUGUAGGAUUUUUUUGUCUAUUUAUUGGGGCAUCAGGGAUUAGACUCGUGGGAAAAUAGACAAUCUUUUUAGUGAUAUGUAUGUUCUGUUUGAUCACUGCUUAUCACAGCUUAAUUUGCUGUUUGUACAAGAAAUAUGUAGCCAAAGAUUGUUGUUUUUUCUGAUCAAUUUUUCUCAUCGGUGGGCUAUUAAUAUUUAACGUUAUAUUGGUAUCUGUAUUGUUUUCCAUGUUAAUUCUAUUGGAUUUGUUUUUAUGUCGAAAUGUAUUUAUUAUAAUUGUAUUUAUUUGUCAAUAGAAAUGUGUGAAAAUA